AUGGCUGAAUCCUCCAUGGACGAGUUGAUUUCCGCUCUCUCAUUGUUGAGCAUAUCGCAAGAGGCUCAAGAAGAGCAGCAUGAAGUUCCACACGACCCAGCGACCAAGAUCGAGCCAGCGCAAAAGUCGUCCAUCUACCCCGAGCUCCAUGGAUACGUCGCUGAAAGCCUAGGCGAGAAGCUGGAAUACACCUUUCGGGACCAUGAUACUAAAGUCGACGUAAAGCGUGAACUAGACACCACAACCAUUGGAAAGUUCAUCUGUGGCAGGCCCAAAUGCGUCUCCAAACGCUGGCAUAGCAAUAGUAUUGCCAUCACGAUCCGCGAGUACGAAGAUAAAUCCUACAAUGUCCUCGUAUACCACCAGCUUUGCUCGAUCUGCGAGAAACCCACCCGUGCGAAACUGGACAAACUCAUGUAUGGAGACAGAGUCUCUUACCAUUUAAAGAAAUGGAACGGUAUCCAUGUCAAACAGCUUGAAUGCAAGGUGCAUCACAAUGGAGAGCAUAAAAAGGAACUAUGCCAGGGUUGCAAAAAAGGACACUGCAGUAGGAACAGAUCGAGUGGAAAGGAAUAA